UCGGGUAAGAAGUGUUGGGCAGUCGAUCACCGGUACCCGAAGACUUCUCCACACGAAAAUCCCGUCUUUAAGGUGCGUCUUAGCCGUGCGUAAUUGCCGCGCGUCCUGUCUUCAACGCUCCGUCUGUGCUUUGAAAGUUAUCGGUUCCAUUACAUCAGAUCCCGAACUUUGUCCACGAUGAAAAGGCCCUAUUUUUAACUUGUUUACCGGUGCCCCGGCCGUUCUCCCAUUUUCCCGUUGUUCUUUUAAAUAUAUAUCGGACUCCGGUCCGGAGUUCCAUUCAUCCGUCUCGCGUCGAUCGAAGAGUUCCCAUCGAGAAAUUGUGCGAGUGUGUAUAACGUCUGAAGCUUCACGCUGCUAUUUGACAGUUUCACUGUGAAACGAUUUUAACUUGGAUCCAGAUGAGAUGGGCCAGGAUCAGAAGUUCACACCCCGCCAGUGGGUCACUCUCUUCGUUAUCAGUUGUGUCCAUUUCUUCAGUGCUAUCUGUAUAUCUUUACAAGCACCUUUUUAUCCUGGAGAGGCUGAAAAGAAGGGAGCUACAGCCUCCGAGUAUGGAUUAGUUUUUGGUGUUUUUGAAUUAGUAUCCUUCUUAUCAAGUCCACUGUAUGGAAAAUAUAUUCAUAUCUUUGGUGCAAGAUGUAUGUUGAGCUUAGGUAUUCUUAUUAUGUCCAUAUCUUCCAUAUUAUUUGGCCUCCUUGAUCUCGUCAUGAGCCAUAACUGGUUCAUUAGUCUAUCAUUUCUAGUUCGUAUAAUAGAAUCAUUGGGUGCAACAGCAGCUCUCAUUGCAGCAUUCUCUCUAACUGCAGCAUGUUUCCCAGACUCCGUUGCAACAACAUUUGCAACCCUAGAAGUUUUCUACGGUCUGGGCUAUAUUUUUGGACCAACCCUUGGCAGUCUUCUGUUUGACAUCGGUGGAUUUCAGUUGCCGUUUAUCAUGUUGGGAAUUGUGACCUCAGUUGUUGGAAUUACCAUCUACCUUGUGUUACCCACUUAUGUUGAGGAGGAUAAUAUGCGGUCUAACAAGAUUACCCUAUGGUCCAUGUUGAGAAUACCUGCCGUUUUUCUGGAUUCUGUCAGCAUAACAGCAGUUUCAAUCAGUAUUGGUUUUUAUGCUGCAACCCUUGAACCACACAUCCGAGAGUUCAACCUUGCACCUGUCCAUGUAGGAUUAAUUUUCAUAAUUAGUGGUGGCACUUACGCUGUUAUUGCUCCUCUUGUGGGUAGAAUUUGUGAUAAACUAAUUGAUCCAAAAAAAUGCAUCAUAGUUGGCUGUUUACUCAUUGUGAUUAGUUUCUCUCUUGUUGGACCAGCCCCGUAUCUUCAAGUGCCUAAAACAUUAACUUUCUGCAUCAUCGGUUUAGUUAUCCAUGGUUUUGGACUUGCUGCCAUAAUGGUACCUACAUUUGUUGACGCAAUCCGUUCAGCUGUGGAGGCAGGUUUUGCAGAUGACAUAACAACGUUCGGAGUACUCUCCGGGCUUUGGUCGUCUGCCUUUUCUCUCGGUGCUUUUGUCGGGCCUUCUGUGGCCGGAAUUUUGUAUGACCUUGUUGGUUUCAGCAAUGGAACCUUAUUUGUAAUCGCCAUUCAUUCGACUUUGUUUAUUGUUAUGAUUGCAUUUGUUUGGACACGUGACUCUCGACGACGGAAGUUUAUCAAACUCAAAUUGUACUAUGAUGAACCUUCCACCAGCUCGGAAGAAGAACUGACUUUAGAAAGUGAAUCCCUCAAUGCUAAGAAGUCAUCCUGUAUCAAUCUUGUUGCGCAAUGGAACCACGAAAAUAAGUGUGCUGUAUCUGCAAAUGGUAGUCUUAAGAAUAUGAAUGGCUACGGAUCGAUAAUAAAAGUUCAUAAUGGCAAUGUGUCAGUCAUGUAACCAGUGAUAGUGUGAAAUUUAAGUACAGUUCACUGUAAGGGCGCAACAUUUUUUGCGCAGGAAGUUGGUGACAUCACUUGUCAGUGCGUUCAUGCUGGUACCACUAAGACAAGUACGGAAUUGUCAAUGCAUUUUUCUUUCAGUUUUGAGUUGGCUUUGACGCCAAGGGAGUUUUUCUAAUAUCUUUCGUCAGGUUUUCAAAACUGAAAUUAUGACUCUCACACUGUCUGAAGCACAUGUAGAAAUAUGACUACUCGAUUGAUAGAAGAUGAAUCUGAAGAAGACAAGAUUCUGCCGCACAGUGAGAAAUGUCCGUUCGAUGCUGUGUAUGCCUAGCAAAGGUCAUUAUUUAUUUUGAAUGUAUAUUAACAAAUGUCUGAUAACAAGUGGUAUCACAGCUGGCUCUCUUACUCUUAACAGAGACCGUUUGUCCGUACUUUUACUUGUUUUGUGAGAAAUGGCUUAGUUUUUCAGAACUUUCUUUAGAUCUGAUCUCAAUGCUCAUGUUGGUUGGUUCUCCUAACUCUUUUCAAAGCAUCUCUUGCUCCCUCGAAUAUCUAAUCAAAAUCGUCCCAGAGUCCCACCUCUUGUUGUAAGAGCAAUCAGCCAGGACUAUCCCUCCAUUCACUUUUUCUGCAAACAUUGACAUAACGUAGACAUGACCUUUAUUCUACUCGCAGCUGUCUUCCUCGCUAGCUUUUGUGCGUAAUUUUAUUGUAGUAUUUGCAUUUCUGUUUGUAUCUCUUUUUUUAAAACAUUUAGGGAGCCCUAAUCAUGGCAUUGCUUUGUGAAAUAUUGAAAUCCUAUCAGUUACGUAUUGUAUUAUGCUAGUACAAAUCAAAUAUUUUGUAAAGUUAUGAACCAUUAGUAGAUGACGUCAUGAACAAUGAUCAGAUCAAAUUUUUCUCCUUUACUCUCAUACCUCCCUUCUUUUGAUUAUUUCUUUCCCUCUCUUCUUUAUCAUAGUCUGAUACCGCUUAUUGCUCUCACCAAAACUAGAUUAUUCAAUGCAUGAAAGAAUGAUAUGUAGUUAAUGCUCGUAUUUUUGUAAUUUAGUCAUUUACCUGUGUUUUUGUACAUUUUUUAGCUUGUUGAGUAUUGACACGUUUAGAUUUAAUAUUCCCGAAUCGCUUUGUAAGCAGCUGAGUGCCAACGUUCCCAUUCUCUUUUCAGCUCAAAACUGUGCAAAAAUUAGGAAUAUAUUUUUUGCAGACAUGAGAAAUUGAGAACUCUCAUGUAAUUGUUUUAUGACUUUAGUUUCUUAUUAUUUUUAAUGGAAUUUGUUCAGGAUGCUACAAAAUAAGUUUUUGUCUUUUUUGUCUCUUUGAAAAAUAACAUAUUACCUUAAAUAUUCAUGUGAAUUUUCAUUAUAAUGGAGAUUACUGCAACCUUUCAACCCUUCUUUCUUGAUUGAACUCAGUCGGAACAUGCUGAUCCUAUUUUCAUUCAUCAAGGUUCGCUAAUCGACAAAAAAAGUGGAGUCCAAACUUUCCUUGAAGCAUCCUGUGUAUGUCCGGUAUUCUUGUAAAUAUUUCAUUUUUUUUAUAUAUACUUGCCGUCUCAGAAAUAUGAUUGAGCUCAAGAUUAAAACUUCAUCACCACAUUUUAUCAACCAAA